AUGAAAGUUAUCAUCAACGGUACUGCCUUGGAGCAGAACCCAAAGCACGAUGCUCCAAUUCCUCUUUACAAGGAAGUAUCCAAAUGGGACCAUGAAGCCAAAGCCAAAAUCAAACAAAAGAUCCAACGCAACCCUCAAAACGCAACACCAACCUACGAAAAGGAAUUCACACCUUGGGAUGGUGAUACGGUAGAAGACUACUGUCAAUUCAGAUUUACUUGGAACGAACUCAAAGUCGGACAAGCCCUGAAUGCUCCUGGAAAACACCACACGAUUCUAUCUAUUCUCUCCGGUCAAGCAAAGGAGAAUUGGCAAACAGCGGUCUCUCAACUUCCAGACAAUCAGCAAACGACCCAACAGGGUUUCGACACAGCUAUGGAAAGUUUUGCCCUCUGCUACUGCACUUCGGAUGCUCGUCAGAAGCAACGUCGCUUCAUCAACAAAGCUUUGAGAUUGCCCAAGAAUAUGUCGAUCCGAGUCUUCUGGAACAGACUACUUUUCAUGUUCCGAUGCUACCAACAUCUCCCUGGAACUGGUACAACACCAACACCAGAACAUCGACAUGAAAUUUUGAUCCAAUGUCUACCUACAAGUGUCGAGAAUGAUAUGACGAGAGGUGACUACCGUUGGGACGAUCCUAACAAAACGGACAUCGAUCUUAUCAACUAUUUGACUCGUCUCCAAACCAUUGGUUUCUCGGAAACAAGGUCCAUUCCAACGAAAACAACAGUUACGAAGAAGAAAGGCUUCACAUUCUAUGGUCACACGAAGACCAAUGCAACAACAAGAAGAAAGAUCUUGCUAACAACAAAGAAGAAAAACACAACAUUGAACCAAUGGACGUAG